CUUCCUGUAGCAUUAUUGUUACCUACCGGCCAAAUGGGCGACAUCCUAAUUUCGUUCAUUUUAUUUCGCGAGUGUAUGUUCAAUGAUUACUUCGUGGUUCAGUGGCGCGAAAUGUUUCGCGCCAUAACUCAAUAGUCAAGUUCCAUUCUCGCGGUGAUUUACAUGAUUUACGUACGUCAUAUUAUCUGUAGCAAUUAGGAGUUCGAAAAUCAAUAAUGACAUUAUUAUUGUAAUUACAAAAAACCACUCCGUGCCACCUUGCACUAUUUCCGCUAUUUCUAAACCCGUCAUUUGAGAGUUGACUUGACUGCAUAGAUCACGCUGACUUUCCUUGGUAGCACUUACUUCACAGCCAUUUGUAACUAUGUUUGUAAUCCUUUGUAACCUACACCCACGCCUACACUACACCGUUCGUGUCCCAGGAAGAUCAAGGAUUCAUUAGACUCUGAUUAUCAAUUAUUAUUAAGUGGUCUAGUCAGUGUGGAAGGUAACUUUCCAGUACUUAAUUUAUAGUCCACGAUUGUCACUUGGUACUAACGAAUCAAAUCUAAGAAUCCGAUCGAUAACACGAGAGGUACGGAGAGGUUACGGAUAAUGAACAAACUGCUAAACUCAUACUCCAAAAGUUUGGCUAAUGUUGUAAGUUUAGUAUAAGAUUUAGGUAGCAACAAAUCUAAAUACAAUGGGUGACACGGAAACCGAGAUCUCAGAAAACCUGGAAUCAACAUCUGGCGAUUUGGAGAGACAAGAAUCUGCAAAAACGGAGACUGAUACGAAGAGCGAAACGUUGGAGCUACAGAACAUGAAAGAAGAAAGCGAUGAUGUGUGCAAUGAGAAUUCUUCGGAGCUUACGCGGCCAAAGACAAACGACGACGUCCAGCGUGCAAUAGAGGGAUUGAAGGAUAUACCGGAUGAAGAAUUACAAGAGUUCUUGGACGAUGAAGACUUUAUGGAAGGGUUGGAUGUCGUAGACGCCUGGGAAGGUGAAGAAGAAAAACGCCAUGAAAAGAGACCGAAAAGUCGUAGCAGAGAGAGGGAGCGAAGACGAAUCUCUAGGGAUCACAACCGUUUUCGAGAUCACCGAAGCCUAAACAACCGAGAGAGGCUCAGGCGUGAGGAUCGCAAGCGAGAUGAAAAUCGUCGAGAUCCAAACAAAAGUACCAAAGACAUUGAGCGGGAUAAAAUGCGCACUCAAAGAGACUGUGAAAGUAAGAUUCAAGCUGAAAAGAACAAAGCCAUCAAGACUCUACUAGAUUCGGACAAUGUUGUGCCACCUGGGACGGAACUGGAAGCCAUUGAAACUAUCACCGAGAAGCAGAACGUGGACAAAGUGGGAAUUUCAAAAAGCCGUCGAAGCAGAGAGAAAAGAACCAGAGGAAGUCCUGUCUGGCGACGCAGCGAUGACAGAACUAGAAACAGUCCUCAUCGUCGCUGGAGCCCCAUCGUCAUCAGUCCAGAGCGUCGCAGAAGCCCGAUUAAAUUAAGUCCAGGAUCUCGCAGAAGUCCUGUUAGAUUAAGUCCUUCGUCUCGCAGAAGCCCUCAUAAGCUAAGCCCCUUAAUUCUGAGCCCCGAAAGACCCAGAAGCCUGCUCAGAUUAAGCCCUACUCAUCCACGAAGACCGAGUUGGGAGCGCAAAACUAGUGCAGAGGAGAGACGCCGUAGCGCUGAUCGACACAGAAGACGCCAAGAAGUUCGUGAACGUGAUUACAAGCCUUCAAGUCGUCGAAGUCGUUCACGAGAGCGACACAGAAGUCGAAGUCCAGAUCGACAUCGAAGAAAGUACAGCCGUUCUCCAGGAGAUAGGCGAGGCAGUCCACGAUGGCGUAGCAGAAGCGGUAGCAGAGGAAGAUCUCCACAACGGCGUACAAGAAAGCGAUCUCCAUUCAUCAAUGAAAUAAGAAGACAAUUUCGGAAUGAAAGCACCCGACAACAGCAACAACAGCAGCAGCAACCACCAUCUGCAAAUCUUGGAUACCUGAUUCCACCAAUGAUGUCUGGGAUGCCGCCAAUGGGCAGCCCCAUUUACCCCCACGAGCAAGAGCAGCACCCACCUUUCAUGCCACAUCAUCCACCAGGACCACAGGGAUUAAUAAUGCCUGGUCCACCACAAGGGUUCAUGAACUUUGAUCCGGCCCAUCCGCAUAUGGCUCCAUCCAUCAACUACGAUCCGUCUGCACCACAGCUUAUGAUUCAAUCUGAAUUUUCUGCUGGACCUGUGAUAUAUGGACAACAUGCUCCAGCCCCUGUUCAACCACCACUACUACCUCUACCAGUACCUUCACCUCAACCCGUACCAGCCCCUGGUCCGAUCAUGGAACAAGGACCUCUUAUGUAUAAUCAGCUACAUCACCUGGCACCGCUUUUACCGACCCCGGGGAAAGAGCAAACUGAUCUGAGCAGCAGACGUUCGGUUUCCCCUCAGGCUAGAUCGGUUCGAUCUAACACACCUCGGAGCUAUAGAGGAAUGCGAAGGUCCACUACUCCUUAUAAUGAUGUACAUUCAUCACAUGAGGAAAGAUUAAAAACACCGGAGCCGCCGGUUAUAUCGAACUCCAAAGCCUCCUUUGGAAAGACUAGUUUAUCCAGCCUGUUGGAAGCUUCUGUUUCUGCCAAAGAUUCGCUUGGGCCACCAGUCCUUUACCCAGGAUUCAAGCCAGAAAUACUACGACAUUGCGAACACGCUCUCCGGGACCUGCCUGUCGAGGAUCCCAGACUGAAGAUGAAGGGUAGAUUUUUUUUCAACCCUCAAAAAGAAGAUACUACUAGUGAAAGUGAAGAGCGAUCAUCAAAUUCGAUAUUACUGAAGAAAGGGAAAAAUAAAAUAUACUGGGACGAGGAGGAAGAGCGUCAUUCGCAAAUAACUGUGAAAUCUGGUGUUCAUGUGCAUCAAAAAAUAUGUCAAACAGACGAGGUUCAAACUGAACAAAAAGAAGUCCAAGCUACAGUAAUCACUGCAGAGUUUGGAGUGCAAGUAAAUCUUAAUGAUUUAGAGCAACCUGCUAAAGAAGAGAAAAGACCAAUCAUGGAUAGGCUUGACUGGGAUAUGCGAGAAACUUUCGAUUAUACACCAAAACCACGAGAAGCUGAUGAUCUAAGAUGGAGCCUGAGUAACUCUUCUCAAAAGCGUCCGUGGGGCAGAGCUAUAUCGCCACCCAGAGGGCCCGAGGACCGAAGCUUCAGCAGAGAACGUACGUCGUCUGAUUAUCCUAAUAGAACCUUGACCCUUUGCACACCAGCGAGAAGCCGAGAAGAAUUUUCCUCACACCGUGGCCCAAUACUGCGUGAUCAUUUCAUUCGUGAACCGUUACCACCUAGUUACAGGCAAAAUUUGGAUGAUCACGAUGAACAUUUCCAUGAUAAUAGAAGCGAUCGUAGCCGUGGAGAAAGUCCCAUGGUGAUUGAUGACUCGCCAGAAGAAAUUGAAGAAGAACCGGAAGUGUUUGCCAGAACUACCGAGCGAAUAGUACUUACUAAAAUUCCACGUGGGCAGUCAAUUCCUGUUUUCAAGGGCCGUGGAGGGCCAAGAGAAGGAAGACCAUUUCGUGGUGGAAGAGGUAGCUAUCGAGACAAGUUCUAAGAAAUAACAAAUCACAUCAACUGCGAUCACCUUCACCUGAUCAAGACGCAACAGCUAGUUUCAUUCUCCUUCAAAUAUUAUGUGAGAUCACUUGAUCGAACUAGACCGUGCCAAGCGUCAACGUGCAGUGAAUUGAAUGAACUUCACUAACAAUAAACGUGAGGAGAGCAUCAAUCGCAGUAAAAGUAAUAAUUAUCAACAGUUUCCUGAAUUAAGAAGAAUAACUGGAUCUAUACAUUUUUUUUUUGCUACUACAGUGAGUACUUGAACAAAGAAAUUUUAUCACUCUAAGUAUCGAAAUCAUCUGAAUUGAACAUUUGGAAAUACGUUGAAAGUGUCCACAGGCUUUGAACACAUAUGAAAUGUGGCGCAAACACUUUAUAUAAGUAAGUGUUAAGAUGUAUAAAAACUUUUUUUGCUCAAAGUGUAAAAUACUAUGUAUUUUCGUUAUUUGUUUAAACAAUGCCGUGGCUAUUUCUUGUUUCGUUUUUUUUUUUUUCGAUUUUUCUUUUUUUAUUGAUUGAAAUUAUAUUAAAAUAUCCAUAUGUGAUUGGCAAUGAGCAAGAUGUACAAAUAAUCACAGAAUAAUUGAGUGUGCUUAUAUAAAAACGAAGAACAAAUAUCCGAAAGUUGGAAAUCUAAGUAUUAAGAGGUCACAUCUAAUUUAACAUUGAAAAUAACAAAGAAAAACGUCGCGAAAAAACAUAUCUACAGGCACAGAUUAAGUAAACGUUACUUUUUUUUUUUAAUUUAUGAACCAGAAAUAAAUUAAACAAAAUAUACUAACGGCGAGUAUAAUUAACGAUUUCUUAACUAUAUACUUAUCAUAAAUUGAUAUUCAAUCUUUCUACAACGAGGAUAAUUGAGGUCUGAACAUAAACAAUUAUUCAUGAAAUUUCAUAUCACAUCGUCGUGUUAUCAAAUUAUUUUUACGUUUUUCAAGCUAUCGUAUAAAUAGCGAAAAUAUUUGCAAUUCACCGUGAUAAUCCUCUGAACUAAAAGGAUAUGCAUUUUUUUGACUGCAUACAUUGUAAAAUACAACUGUAAUACUUAUUCCUUGGAUUUAAUUUUCGAAUGUAAUUCAGUGAUAAAAUUUCGUACAUUACGCAUGUAGGAACUACGUAAUCCAGCCUCCGUAUUUUAAAAAUGUGAAUAUGUAAUGUAAUGUGCGUAAUAAAUGCAAAAGUAAUCAAUCA